AUGAAGAAAAAGCUCUGCCUCGGGGAAAUUCUGUCUCUCAUGGGUGCCCUUCAGCUAUACUUAGUCUCCGAUUACUUGGAGAGCCACUUCAUGAUGGUAUUUUGUAUAGAGAAUCUUCUGUCAACUCUGGCCGUCCUGGCAGUGUCUGCUCCAUUUGCAAUCAAAAGUACUACUUUCAAGGAGAUAGUUCAGACGCAGUCGGAAUAUCUUUCUUUCGGGCUGUUUGCAUUCGGGGAAUAUUCCUCAUGGUUUCGGGGUGCUGGGAUGACGUCCAUAAAGACAGCCAUGGCCACGAGGGGCCUGUGCUAUCCACUUUCCGUAGUGCUUAUGUUUAUGAUUUCUCGAGUUGCCAAGGAAAAUAUGCUUAGAAACCUUGGGUUUAUCCUGGUGAUUUUAACGAAUAUGUAUAAAUCAGUCAAGUAUAGCGAUGAAGGGUUUUUCGAUGUUUUGUUUGGAGUCAUAUACUUAGCGCUUUAUGUAGUCUUCAGUGUUUCUUCCGACUUCAUAACUGUCUGCAUGACAAACCGGAAUGGGCUGCCUAAGUUUCUUUUUGCAAGCUCGUUCUACAUUUGGAUAUGUUCUUUCAUUAUACUAAUCGAUUCUGGAAUAGGAUACAAUGACAUCUAUACAUUCAUAGAAAGCAACAUUCAUAAGUCUGUAGUUCUUGUGAUCAUCUCCUCACUGCUGAGGGCCUUAGGCGCAUACUAUAUUCAGAGGUUUGGAAUAGUUGCAUACAGCACAACCAAGAUAUCAAAUUACAUCUAUUUCAUAAUUCUGAGGAGUUUUAUGGGCCUUGAGUGGGCCUGGAGAUUUGAAGACACACUAUUCCACCUGUCCACUUACUUUCUAAUUCUCUUUUUCAUCAACUCAGACGAAUUCCACGAAAGAAGUCUGGAAUUUGGUAUGUAA